AUGAUUGCGGGGUUGAUCUUAGAAGUCGUUGAGAGAAUGAAGUGGGAGGAGGGAAGGGUUGGGGGGAAAGAGAAGCAUGUGACACUGAAGAGAGUGGAGGAGUUUGGAGGGAAGGGGGGAUGGAGGAAAUUUGGUUUUUAUGUUCUGGUUGAGAGGUUUGUGGUGAAACGAAUGGAUGGGAGCCUGACUAAAAAUUGUGAAGAUAGCUUGAGAGGAAAUAUGUAUGUAACAAGACCUCUUUCUCGGUACAAAAAGUUUCCUUCCGAGCUCUCAUUGCCGCACCCUGAAGGUCCAAAUUCCGGUAUUUUGGUAAUCCUAGACGAAGAAGCCGAGGCUACUUGUUGUUUCGGAUCGUGCAAGACUGAUAAGAUCAAUGACCUACCUUUCCCUCAUAACAAAAACCUCACGCUUAUGUAUUCAACAAGCGAUAAAACUUCUUAUUUUUACGCAGCCUUAAUUCCAGUUUUUAAUCAGCCACUAUCUUCCAAUCGGUACUAUGCAAUAAAGACACAAGGGAGCCAUAAAGGGGAAGCGUAUACAAAUUCCAAAGAGGAGGACAAGGGAACCUGCUUCUGCUUCAGUUAUGUUCGUGAUGUGCCACCAAAGCCUUUGGAUCCCAACGACGCAGACCAGCAAUUUGAGAUAUUUCGAAAGAGUGGGGGUUUUGUCGUCAAAUCCUUAUCUCUAGAUGGGUUCCCUCCAACUUUCCUCGGAAGAGAAGUGUGGGAAGUGUAUACCUCAACUCCCCGCGAUUUCCAUUUAGGUGACGCACCAGGCGUAGACAAUGUCCUCCGUGCUCGCCUUCCAGACUUCAACUUCCCGCUAUCGCACAAGAGUUGUCAGCCAGUGGUUGUAGGAAAGUGGUAUUCUCCUUUCAUGUUUGUUAGGGAAGGACUCCUUCCAUUGAAAGAUCAAAUGCGUAGAUCAAUGUAUUAUGAGAUCACGCUCGAGCAGAGAUGGGAGCGAAUGUUCGCAUGUGAGCGUGAUAAUGAAAGCCCAGGCAAUGGUGUGGCUGUGGAUGCUGUUGUUCAAAGAGAAGUUGUCUCAGUUGCUGGAAGGGAAGCUGCGGAUGUAAAUGUGGUUGAUGGGGUGAUGUGGUUUAGGAGCUUCAGCAAAAAGGGAGAAGAAAUGAUUGCGGGGUUGAGCUUAUUGGUCGUUGGGAGAAUGAAAUGGGAGCAGGAAAGGGUUGGAUGGGUUGGGGGGGAAGAGAAGCAAGUUACACUGAAGAGAGUAGAGGAGUUUGGAGGUAAUGGGGGGUGGAGGAAUUUUGGUUUUUAUGUUUUGGUUGAGAGGUUUGUGGUGAAACGAAUGGAUGGGAGCCUGUUAUUAACAUAUGAUUUCAACCACAAUCAACAGAGUCGGGGAAAAUGGGAGUAA